AUGGGUAAUUCACAGACGAAAGAGACUCGGCCGUCUCAUUCACAGCGCCGGAGCCACCAAUGGGGUUCAGGCAGCGGCCAUUCAAGAUCCCCGUACGGCGACCGGCAUCACUCAGAGGGUUCUAGAUCGCAUCGAGGCAGCAGGCCGGACUUGUCUAUCCUCGGAAUAGGCGGAAACACAGAUCGCGAUGUGGCCACGAUACUGGAACAUCGGCGAGAAACCAAACAAGAGCGAGAGGCCCGUCGUCUGGAGAAGGAGCGCGCCGCUCGGCUCAAGGAGCGCGAAAGGAGCAUGAGAGAUGAACAUGUGGAUGGAGGUUAUUUGGUGACGCAGGGGGUCUAUACAGGGACUGAGGAUUUCAACAAGGCUAUAGUCCGCCAGUUGAUGAUUGAACGACGGCUUGCGCCAUUCUGGAGGGGUCUGAAUGAUUUCUCAGAUUCAUGGACCGAGCACCAACUCAUGGCGGUCGCGCGUGGUUUGCCACUACCUCCACCUGAUCAAGUUCCCCCAGAGUUGGAUUACAGUAAAGCAUCUGAUGAAGCAAAAGACACAUCAGAUAUUCAACACUUGAUGGUCCCAAUAACAUCACGAUCCGCAUCCCAUGGCUCCGAUGUAUCUCCAGCUCAUUCCUUACCUUCUCCCGCCUCACCGAUUGCAUCCGGUACGUCAAGUUCACCCUUGUUCCGCUCUCGAGCGAAGACGUUAGCUUCUUUGUCUGGGUCAAAGUCUCAGACAGAAUCAACCCCUCGCGAGAUGCAACUGCCUCGGGAUCUAUUCGUCAAUGGUCAACCUAUUGAGGCAUACCUCUACAAGGAUGCCACCGAAUGCCCCAUUUGCUUCCUCUACUAUCCGCCUUAUCUCAAUCGUACCAGAUGCUGCGAUCAACCCAUCUGUUCUGAAUGUUUCGUUCAGAUCAAACGUCCGGACCCUCAUCCACCAGAGCAUGCCGACUCGGACUCGAACGCUCCGACCCCAGCAGGCGAGGCAGAACGGCAGGAUGUUCAAGAUAUCCACCUCGUCUCUGAACCAGCAGCGUGCCCAUUUUGUGUCCAACCAGAAUUCGGGGUGGCUUAUCAACCUCCUUCCUUCCGUAGGGGGCUGGCUUAUGCUUCCGAUUCCAGUGGCCGUCCAAACUUGGCAACACCACUUUCGUCAACGUCCUCGCUAGCUUCAGGAAAUGCUCCUGCUACUGGUCGACGACGAGCAACAUCUUUAUCGGCAUCAGAUCCGACUGUGAUAACUACGGACAAGGUGCGACCCGAUUGGGCGCAAAAACUGGCAAAUGCUCGUGCACAUGCUGCCCGAAGGUCUGCAGCGGCGACUGCUCUACAUACUGCGGCUUACUUGAUGAACUCCAACGGCUCAGGUAGCGAAUCUCGUGGGUUCAGAAGGAGUGUUAUGCGACGCAAUAAUGGAGAGUCUCAUAUACCCAGUAGGAGCGGCUCGCCGGCGUUACAAGCGCUUGCGUUCUUGACGGACAGGCGUGCCGCCGCUGAUGAGACGAACUCUGAGGAAAUUGCUCCACCACGGAACAGUUCAAGAAGAUCUCGCAUGGAUGACUUGGAAGAGAUGAUGAUGAUGGAAGCUAUUCGACUAAGUCUGGCAAGCGAGGAAGAGAGGCGCAAGAGAGAAGAGAAGGAGGCGAGAAAAGAGACCAAAAAGCGAGAAAAAGAAGCCAAGAAAGCGGAGAAGAUGGCUCGAAAAGCCGGUCUAUAUAGCAACAACGCGAGUAGCUCGGCCUUGGACUCACCUGCCGGCAACAGCUCUUCGUCUCUCCUUGAGGAGGUGCCGGGCAAGGGCAAGGCAGUGGAGCGUGUCACGCCGCCUCCGAGUAACGCCGACCUGCCCGAGUCCGCGAGCUCGGAUGUCCCAGUAGAGCCUCGACUGCCUCAUUCAUCGUCGUCGCUUAGCCCACCCGUGCCCAGAGAGCCCACCAAACCAUCGCAUCUCCGCCAUGUUUCCAGCGCUUCGUCGUCAUUUUCAUCUCUUGUUGAAUCCAUGUCCGAGGAGCCUGGGUCCUCGUCCCAGCCACACGAGGGAACCAGUUCGUCGGCUGAACCAUUGUUCAACUUUCGCAGCCUAGCCGCCGUCAUUGGCGACGAGGACAAACCAGAUGAGGCGGCGGAGCAUGUUGAGAACACAGCACCUCAUGCAACAUCAGAAACGCCAACAUCAACCGCUCCGGUUGACGAACCGCCAGCGUCGACUUCCAGUACAGCCGAGGAGGACAGCCCUACGAUACCGAGCUUAGUACAUAAAGAGGUUGAGGCACGAUCGGUGGAGAUCACGGAUAACAGAAAUUCGGAGACUAUUUGA